GUAUCAGCAUGCAGCUUUUAGCCAGCUUGGUGUCUCUGCUGCUGGUGCUGUACAGUGUGAGAGCAGCGGUCGUGCUUCCAGCGGAGGAAAGGAGUCCCGCACACACCAGGGAACCGAGUAAGGAACGAAAGGAGAUGAUCCUCAAGAUGGUCUCCAGUCUGCUGGACGGCGUGGACAACAACAUGCUGGCCGGAGAUCUCGUUCCUCUGGAGGAGGAGGAACCCAUCGAUUCUCGUCUGGAAGAGAGAGCCGUGUACAACCGGCUAGCGCAGCUGCCCCAGAGAGACCGCAAAGCCCCAUGUAAGAAUUUCUUCUGGAAGACGUUCACAUCGUGCUAA